CUCCAGCCAAGCAGAUAGUGAAGGAGUGAGCCGGCUGCGGCCACAUGGAAAAACAGAGCCAUCUGUAGAGGCACUGACAUGUCCAGGGGCGGUAAUAGAACAGAUAAGGCCGAUGACAAGGUGGAGCGGUGUGUCCGGGGGAGCUGGUGGCUGGGAACACUGAAAGACACUCCCAACCCAGGCCUCUAUCACAUCCGUGACUUCCUGGAAGAAGCUGAGCUGAACCCGGUGAGGAAGACGUACAGCUUUAAAGGCGUGGGGAGGAAAGCUCAAACUCUGGGUGUGCGUAAGGGGGAUCUGCUUCUGCCAGGAGCGUACGACUACAUUGACUCCAUCCAGGAAGUUCUGACAAACCAGGCAUCGUACUCUUUCAAAAACUGCCCGCGGCCGGACAUCGUCACACUGGGAAUCAGAGACAAGCAUAUAAACACUUCACCGUGCGACUACAAUGUGACUGAGAAACCGGUGGAGAAGACUCCCUGCAAGCAUGUGAUGUUUCGCUCGACUGUGCAGCGGAUCAGCUUUCCACCUAAGGAGGGUCCGGCUCCGUGUCAGUAUGAUCCACAGUCCAGACCCUCGAGAGGCAUCACAUCCUGCUUCAGAUCCAGAUUACCUCGGCUCCACUUUCAGCACUCAAACACUCCUGGACCAGGCGCCUACGAGCCGAGCUGGAAGUUGGGUGACCGUCUGAGCAAAGACGUCACCUCAGAUCCGUCAUUCAGUCUCUUCUUCCGCAACCUCUAGUGUGGACUUCAUUUCCCACAAUGCCUUGUUUCCAGCUCCUCAUCCUCACCACUAUGUAACAUGAGCCGUAUUCGAUUAAAGGUAAAAUGUGGAAGAGAAA